AUGUGGUUCGGCGAGGAGGGGGGCCAAGCGAGCAGUCAGUGUCGCUGAAGUGGCCGCUGCCGCCGCCGGGAUGUGAACGUCAACCGGGGUUGGGGGAAAAGUAGGAAAUUAACCGGUUGCCACCACAGCUGGAGGACAAGUGAGGUCACGACAUGGCGGAAGGCGACGACUAAGAACACGGAGUUCAACAACAUAAGUGACUACAUGGGGAUAUACGCACCUGACUCAAGAUUCGACGGUGUUCUCACUUGGCUGGCCGGCCAUUAACCAACUAACUAACUAACUAACUAACUAACUAACUAACUGACAGAGUGACUGACGUUUUACGCUGGGGGGGAAGCACGCUUCACACUUUGUUUUUCGUCUUUGCCGAGGAGGAACUUUUCAAUGCCUUUUCAAUGAUUCGAGACUUGAGCAAGAUGUACCCUCCGGCGCGGCAUCCGCCCGGACAGCCGUUCAAGUUCACCGUGUCGGAAUCCUGCGAUCGGAUCAAGGAGGAGUUCCAGUUUCUCCAGGCCCAGUAUCACAGUCUGAAAAUGGAGUGUGAGAAACUGGCAAGUGAGAAAACAGAGAUGCAGAGACACUAUGUCAUGUACUACGAAAUGUCAUAUGGACUCAACAUCGAGAUGCACAAACAGGCAGAGAUUGUCAAGCGGCUGAACGCAAUCUGUGCCCAAGUCAUCCCCUUCCUUUCUCAAGAGCAUCAGCAGCAGGUGGUGCAAGCAGUGGAGAGGGCCAAGCAGGUCACCAUGGCUGAACUCAAUGCCAUCAUUGGACAGCAGCAGCUCCAAGCUCAGCACCUCUCCCAUGGCCACGCCAUCCCUGUCCCGCUCACGCCGCACCCGGCGGGCCUUCAUCCUCCCCUGCCCCCCGGCGCUGGUACUGCAAGCCUGCUGGCACUCUCCUCAGCCCUCGGCCAUCAGCUGCCCCUCAAAGAUGAGAGGAAACACCAGGAUAGCGCUGAAGAACACCCAAGAGAGAGAGAUUCUGUGAAGAGCUCAUCUGUGUCUCCGUCCACCAGUUUUCGGACUGGAGAGAAGCACCGAGGUUCAGGCGAUUACUCCGCCGACAGCAAGAAGCAGAAGACAGACGAUAAGGAGUUGAGUGCUACACGCUACGAGAGUGACGGUGAGAAGAGUGACGACAACUUGGUAGUGGACGUCUCCAAUGAGGAUCCAGCCUCUCCAAGAGGAAGUCCUGCCCACUCUCCCAGGGAGAACGGAUUGGAUAAGAGUCGCCUGCUGAAGAAGGAUGCGCCCCAGAGUCCCUCUUCUGUCGCUUCCUCCAGCAGCACACCUUCAUCCAAAUCCAAAGAGAUUAAUUUGAAUGAAAAAUCGACAACACCAGUUUCAAAGUCCAGCACACCCACAUCCCGCUGCGACGCUCCCACUCCCAGCAGCACCACCACCAGCCUGAGGGCUGUUCCAAGUAAGCCAACAGGAGUCGAGACACUAGCACCUGGUCUGCGCACACCACUGGCGGUGCCGUGCUCGUAUCCAGGCCCGUUUGGAAUUGUCCCUCACCUUGGCAUGAAUGGCGAGCUGAGCGGAGCAGGCGCCCCCUACACAGGCCUGCAUAGCAUGAGCACUGUGGCUGCAGCCGCUGUGGCUGCUUAUGGACGCACACAAGUGGUGGGAUUUGAUCCUCACCAUCACAUACGUGUCCCUGGCCUUCCUCCCAACCUAUCAGGCAUUCCUGGUGGAAAACCAGCCUACUCCUUUCACGUGAGUGCUGAUGGACAAAUGCAGCCAGUACCUUUCCCUCCGGACGCUCUAAUCGGCCCGGCCAUCCCGCGUCAUGCGCGACAGAUCAACACACUUAACCACGGGGAGGUGGUGUGUGCUGUCACCAUCAGCAACCCAACCCGUCAUGUUUACACCGGCGGCAAGGGCUGUGUCAAGGUGUGGGACAUCAGUCACCCCGGCAACAAGACCUCUGUGUCACAGCUGGACUGCCUUAACAGAGACAACUACAUCCGCUCCUGUCGACUGCUCCCUGACGGACGGACGCUCAUUGUGGGAGGCGAGGCGAGUACUUUGUCAAUAUGGGAUUUGGCAACACCAACGCCGCGGAUCAAGGCAGAAUUAACAUCAUCAGCUCCUGCGUGCUACGCCUUGGCCAUCAGCCCCGACUCCAAGGUCUGCUUUUCCUGCUGCUCCGAUGGAAACAUAGCUGUCUGGGACCUUCACAACCAGACUUUGGUUAGGCAGUUCCAGGGCCACACAGAUGGAGCGAGCUGCAUAGACAUCUCCAAUGAUGGCACCAAGCUUUGGACAGGAGGUCUGGAUAACACCGUCCGCUCCUGGGAUCUUCGAGAAGGCCGCCAGCUGCAGCAGCAUGACUUUACCUCGCAGAUCUUCUCACUGGGAUACUGUCCAACUGGCGAGUGGCUGGCGGUGGGAAUGGAGAACAGCAAUGUGGAAGUCCUACAUGUCUCCAAACCUGACAAGUACCAGCUCCACCUACAUGAAAGCUGCGUGCUCUCACUCCGAUUUGCUCACUGUGGGAAGUGGUUCGUCAGCACAGGAAAGGACAAUUUGCUUAACGCCUGGAGAACCCCGUAUGGAGCGAGCAUAUUCCAGUCUAAGGAGUCGUCCUCGGUGCUGAGCUGUGACAUCUCCGUGGACGACAAGUACAUUGUGACCGGCUCUGGAGACAAGAAGGCCACUGUCUAUGAGGUCAUAUACUAGGGGAGGGUGCGGGGGUCAUCCUCCUACCCAGCCACUGUUCAAUGUGGCCAACCCUGUGUACCAUAUACAAUAUGUAUAAUAGGGAUUUUCAGUUGUUCUUGGACUUUUUUAUGGCUGGUCAGAAGGAAGCACAGAGAUUUUGUUUUCAGUGAGUGAAUGUCCAUGCAUAUUGAGCAUAUGUUGUAUAAUGAAUGUCUGGAUGACAUUCCUUUUUACUUUCUUUUUGUGUUUGCCUUGGUGCGUGGCACCAACACAAGCUUGUGUCUGUUUACGUAUAUACUUAUUCCCGUGUGUAUGCUUGAAAGAGGGCUGCGUUGGUCCUGCCUCCCGCAUACAGUAUUGACGUUUGACACUGGAUUUAGCCAUCAAAACUAUCUUACCAGUGGGUUAAUAUGACAAUAUUAAUGUUUUUAAUUGCUGAUGGUGUUGAAACACAGUGAAGUUGUGGUUAGCACGUCUGCCUCCAAGUCGAGAGGCCCUUGGGUUCGAAUCUCAGCUCAGACCUUCCUGUAUGCAGAUUGCAUGUUCUCACUGUCUAGUAUAUGUCAGAAAUCAGCUAGGAUAAACUCCAGCUCACCCGUGACCCGAAUGAGCAGAAGAUGGAGAUAUUAAAUGCUUUUAUAUUUUUUGUCUACACUCCCAAUCUUGCUUUCUUGUGUGGACUUUUAAUAUCACAAUUUGCCUUUAAAUAUUGUUAAUUUGAAAGAAUGAAUGAAAGAGUCAUCCAUCAAGACGCUGAAUACAUGCUUGUUGACAACAGUGGCACUUUGAGGAAAAAAUCAGAAAGUCUGACAUCCCUUCAGUUCAUGACAGUAUGAGUGUGGGUGCGUGUGUUUGUGUUUACCUUGUGUGUGUAUGUAUGUAAUAACAAGAUUACCCGGCAGUGCCCUCACUUCUGACUGGCCUUUUUGCACUUUCGGUUGUGCCCCCUCAAUUGAAACUUUGCUGGAUGCAGACGCAAUUCCUUUUCACUAUAGACCAUGUGGUAGUUCUCUAGAAAAAUGAGAAGUGGUCUAUGGCGUGUCUCUUACCUAUCUUGGACUGACUUAUGUUUGCUUGUAGGAAUUAAACAAAAACACAGUGCCUUUACCCUUCUCUGUCCAACUGGAAUGUGACAGACGACUGGAUAUUAGUUUUUGGGGGGGAGGCUCGGGGUG